AUGAGGACAGCAUUGACGAGUUCUCAGUAAGACGUAUUUGCUAUUCUUGAAUUAUGGAUGUAAAUUUCUGUUAAACUUGGAUUUUUCUAAACGUCAUGCGAUCAAGGGUGACUAAAUGGCUGGUUUUGUGAAGAAGUGUCCGUGUCUGCGGCCACAAAUAGAGGAGGAUGUACGAGAACUGGACUAUCGCCAUUGUAGCUUGACCGACGUCCCGUCCGAAGUCUUCAACUUUGAACGAACCCUUGAAGAACUGUUUGUCGAUUCCAAUCAGAUCCGAGACCUACCCAGGGAGUUGUUCUACUGCCAUGGGAUAAGGAAGCUGAGUCUGAGUGACAAUGAGAUCACACAUAUCCCUCCAGCCAUCGCCAGCCUCAUCAACCUCGAGGAUCUGGACAUCAGUAAAAAUGGUAUCAUUGACAUGCCCGAGAACAUCAAAUGCUGUAAAUAUCUACACACCGUGGAAGCCAGUGUCAACCCACUCGGAAAGUUACCCGAUGGAUUCACACAGCUCCUCAACCUAACUCAACUGUUUCUUAAUGACACAUUCCUUGACUACCUCCCAGGAAACUUUGGCAGACUGUCUCAUCUAAAGAUUCUGGAGAUUCGAGAGAACCACCUGAAGACCCUACCUAAGUCUUUCUCGAGGCUUGGAGACCUUGAGAGGCUUGACAUCGGCCACAACGAGUUCACAGAUCUGCCAGACGUGAUCGGGAGUUUGACCGGACUCCUGGAGUUAUGGUGCGACCACAACCAAAUAGCCCAGGUCACCCCGAUGAUAGGGAACCUGAAGCAGCUCAUGUUCCUAGAUUGUACCAAGAACCGGAUCCAGACCCUGCCCAAUGAGAUUGAGGGCUGUGUGUCCUUGGCUGACCUUCACCUCACGGGCAACCAUCUCCAGGGCCUUCCCGAGUCUAUGGGUAAUCUGGAACACAUCACCACGCUGAAGGUAGAUGCGAACCAGCUGACGUCCCUACCCAACACUAUUGGCGGCCUGACUGCCUUGUCCGAGCUCAAUGUCAGUCGUAAUGACCUUGAGGAUCUCCCAUCAUCCUUAGGACUUCUGCGGAAUCUACGGACACUGUAUGCAGACGAGAAUUGUCUGGAGAUGAUUCCAGCUGAGCUGGGAAGCUGUAGUGGGAUCACAGUGCUGUCUCUGCGCAGUAACAAACUGGAAUACAUCCCUGAUGAGCUUGGACGAAUUCCACGCCUCCGUGUCCUCAACCUCAGUGAUAACCUCCUGAAGUUCCUACCCUUCUCCAUCACCAAGCUGAAGGAGCUGCAGGCCCUCUGGCUGUCGGAGAACCAGACGCGGCCCAUCGUCCCGUUCCAGUCUGAGAUAGAACAAGAGACGGGACGUAAGAUCCUAACCUGCUAUCUUCUACCUCAGUGUCCGUCCGAGGACUUGGGAGACCCCAAUGGAGGGGGAGACACGGACAGUUUCCACGCCUCUAUCUGGGACGAGGAACGUGAGCAGAGACAGCAGAUCCACUUUGAGUUCACAGAGGAACUGGAUGAGGAUGGCAAGCUAGUCAGGUGUCCCACCCCGUAUCCCAAAGAGAUGCGAGAAAAGAUUCGGCAUGCUCGCAACCUCGCCGUCCGCCAGAAACUUACAGGAGAUGGACGGCCAUGGAGAGGCGGAGAAGAUAAUAAGGGGUUUGACAGAGAGAGUGGGAAUGGCAUUGUGUCCGGUUCAGCUGACCAUGGUGAUGUCAGACUGCGCGAGGCCAGGAUAGCUAAACCUUCCUCUCCCACCCUACAGGAAACCCACCGACUGUAUAAGUAUGACAGGGAGAAAUUGGCCAAGGAUAAGGCUCGAAUGCAGCAGAAUCGUCACAGUUCACCGGAGACCUUUGUCCUUGACCUCUCCCAGUCUAGUCGUAGAGGUGACAGUAUGUCAGCCAUCAGUCGCCCGGACAGCCCUAAGAAAGGAGGUAAACUCUCUCCUAGGAAGUACAAAACUGACGAAGAUGAUGGAGGUUUCUCUACCAGAGACUCAUCUAAACUGUCUCAUCACAGCUCCAACCCCGACGUGUCGGUAAAGUCUGUGGGUGUAUCAUCGGUAGGUGUGUCGACUCGAACUACCGAGUCAAUCGGAGUGACUGCAAAGAGUUCCUCGGACCAAAGUGGCCCUAGGGGCAUGCCGGGAUUUGCUUACGUAAACCCAAAAGACUUGGAGGCAUCAUUUUCUCAGUACAGUAUGUUUGGGCGAUCAGUUGACCCAACAUAUCAUAACAGGAAAAGUUAUCAUAGUAACCAACAUCGUGGAGGCCGACAUCGAACACGAGACUACGAUUCCGACACAGGAUAUCGUAGUGAGACGGAAGUGGCUAGGUUUCAUAGACAGCAGGUUCUUACCCAACAGCAAGAGCGUCGUGGUUAUGAGAGUGAACGCGAGUCUCGAGCACAGCGACGGAAGGGAAGGGAUGGGUACUCAAGUGACCUUGACUGUUAUCAAAGCCACGGUGGAGAUUCGCGAGACAUUGCUUACAGAGGAGUUCCAUUGCAUCAACAACACAAUGCAAACAGUCUUCCGUAUGAUCUAAAUGAGUCUCAAAGACAGCUUAAUCAAAUGCCACAUAAAACUUCAAAUCCUCAUUUAAGUAUAAAAGGCAGUGACAUGUACUUGGACAGUAUGCACAGGAUGGGUAGUGAUACUUAUAAAGACAGCCAAAAACCUAUGAUGAGGAAUUCUGAACAUUAUAUUGACCGGUCAAUGUCCCAUCCCCCACACAGUGUGGACCGGUCCUUACCCCUUCCCUCACACACUGUUAGUAGAACGUUGCCCCCUCCCUCCCCUAGUCAGUUUCACAGAAGUAAGAUUGUUGACCAAAGUACUCCCACAACUGCUGAACCUCCUCCGGGCUUCCCACCAGGGGGUAUUGAAAGGUCAAGGUCAAAUAGUGCUAGUGGCAGCCAUGACGGCGGUGAUGUGCGAGUGUCAGACCAACGGAGGGAUAUUUACAACAGUAGUAACACAAGGGAAUAUUCCAAUAGAUCAACUCCGUCCAAUCAAAGCAAUGGUUUGCCUCCUCCAUACAAACCAGCACCCCCAUAUGUCUCAUCUCCAGGACAGAAGAAACUCCCUCCCACACCAAACAGGAAUUCUCCUUACGGCGUAUUAAAUUAUGACCGAAGGGGAAAUAACUCUCCCACUAUGCACCAGAAACUGUCGGGAAUGACAAUCCAGGAACAGAUGGAGAGCAAGACGGAAUCUGAUAAAUAUGCUGAUAAGAACAGGAUGCCUGGGAAUGUGGACUACGGCCGCAGGAAUGCAACCCGACAACUGGAGAAAGACUUUAAUUACAAUGACAGAAACUGCUCAGACGGUUUGUCUGAUUCACACAACGACUCCCGCACCUCACAUGAUGAUUACAAGUUCAACUAUAACAGUGAUCCGUCCACCAUGUCCGCGUCUCCAGACAGAUCCAGGACUCCGGUGUCGAGUUCCUUUGAUGAACACAGAGACUCGCCGCGGGAGUCUGGCUACAGCAGCCGGGAACACAGUAGUCAUAGAAACUCUCCGUUUGACACUCCCCAAAAGUAUGACCAGCCUCCUCCCUCCGGGUCAUACAUUCACGUGCCUCAGGGGUCGUACGGGGAUGGCAGUGAAGGUCGUGUGGCAAACAUGUCAAAUUACGAGGAUGUGAAUGCAUUCGAGAACAGCAACUCAGAGCCCACCUCUCAGGUAUCAAGUUCCUCAGACAGUGGGUACUACCAUGGUCAACAAUUUGACAAGCCUGCCGAAACCCCCUCAAAAUACUCAGAUUAUAGUUACCCUCAGGAGUCCCGGUAUACCACGUCACCAGGACAACAGUACCCCUACACACCGUACGCCACACCUGUAAGGGCGUCCCCCAAAUCAGGGGGGACAACAAAUCCCAACCAAAGCCGCGAAUCUCGCCAACCAAUCAAAAUCAUCCAGAACGACCUGAAGGGAGAUAAGUUCCGUGUGACUAUAAAAAAGAAUCCUGGCCUAGGGUUCAGUAUCGCGGGAGGAUACGGUGCCCACGGUAACCCCUACAGAGCGGGAGAUAAAGGUAUCUUUGUGACAAAAGUUCAAUCCGAAGGACCCGCAGCUAUGUCACUUAGCCCUGGUGACAAGAUUCUGGAGGUGAAUGGCCAUGACUUCACCAAGAUCCACCACGACGAUGCUGUCUCUGUCAUCAAGCAGUGUAGUAGUGUGUCCAUGAACAUAGAGAGGGUUUAUACUGUCUGAGGGGAGCAUCAUAUCAACAGCAAACUGUUAGGGUCAUGUCAUGGUUACCAAGGAGACCAGUGAAACCUGGUCAUGUAACAUUCUUGAAAUAUUUACCAGGGAACCGAGUGAAACUUACCCAUGUAACACUCUGGAAAUAUUUACCAGGGAAUUGAGUGAAACUUACCCAUGGAACACUCUGGAAAUAUUUACCAGGGAAUCGAGUGAAACCUACCUAUGUAACACUCUGGAAAUAUUUACCAGGGAAUCAAGUGAAACUUACCCAUGGAAAACUCUGGAAAUAUUUAUCAGGGAAUCGAGUGAAACCUACCUAUGUAACACUCUGGAAAUAUUUACCAGGAAACCGAGCAAAACUUGCCCAUGUAACACUCUGGAGAUAGUUGCUAUGGAAUCAAGUCAAACUUAUCCCUGUAAGAAUCAGUUGCUAGGGAAUCCAGUAGUUUCCUUACACAACCAACAUUUGUAUAUGUAUUGUUUCAAGGGAAACUUAGUGCUUGACAAUAACCAGGAACUAGUUACCAGGGAAACCGGUGAAACUUACCCAUGUUACAUUCUGGAGAUAGUUGAUAUGGAACAAAGUCAAACUUAUCCCUGUAAGAAUCGGUUGCUAGAGAAUCCAGUGGAAAGUUUCCUUACACAACCAGGAUUUGUACAUGCAUUGUUACAAGGAGAAACUCAGUGUAUGGAAUUAAUUAGGAACUAGUUACCGUGGUGAUAUCUAUCUAGCCCUUGUACUGACUUGUUUGGUAGGACCUACGGUGAACCAGUCAGAUUGUCUAGUCCUGAACUCUCGCCGGAGAGGGAUUCAUAUAACAUAUCAUGAGAUUUUAUUGUAACUUGUACAUGUGUAACUGAUUGUCAAAACACAAAAUGGCAAAAUGGUAUUUUAUAUCUGUAAAAUGACUGUGAAGAGAAGACAAAUACAUGCAUUGCAACAGGUCCCAUGAUCUUACGAUGUGAACUCAUCAUAUUGAGAUUUACCUCUAAAAGUUGUGAAUAAGUUGAUUUGUAUGCUUUUGUAUAUUUUGGAAGACUCAUGCAAUAAUUUGAUUGAAGAAAUUAGUAUAGGGCAUUGUAUAAAUGUUUUAAAAGUUUAAAUUGAUUUUGUUAAUUGUUUUGGGGGGAAAAAUGCAUCAACCAGUAAUUCAAAAAGGAAAUCCAUCUGAAUCAAACAACCAAAAGACCGAGAUGUACCUGAUUAUGCAUGAUUGGAAUUGUCCAUCUAUUAUACUUUUAUAUUUAACAUAACUUUUCUUUAUAUAUAUUUAACAUGAUUUUUCUUUACAUAUGCAUAAAACAACUGUUUUAAAGAAAGAAAUCCAUGAAAUCAGAUGUUAUAUACAGUUGGUUGUACAAUGAACCAGGAAUAGGAUAAUGUAUUUGAUUAUGUGCCUUUUUAACACAAGUUGUAUCUAAAAGCCGUCCCUUGAAGUAAUGAUGGAGGUGUUUCAACUCCUAGGACAUGACAUAAAAUGUCAUGUAAAUCAACAUUUACCUUAUCUUAAGGACUCACUUAUAUAUAUAUAUCACUUGUUAUUUCAUUUUGUGAUCAAUUCUUUUUUUCUUUUCUGUUUUUUAAUCAAUUUCGUAAAACUUAAGUGACUAACUGCAUAAAAAAGCAGAUCCACCUCGCUUUUUCCGGUAUUAUUUUGGAAUGUGCUCGUCUAAUUUCCGAAUAACCCAUCAAUAUGUAGAGAUGGGGCAAUUUUUCAUUGAUAUAGAUUUUGUAUUGAAAGCCUCAUAGAAUGUUCAGUUUGCUUAAAUUUAGUCGAAAUUUGACUGUUUUUGUCUUGAGCCAAAAUUCAUUUGCUUACACUGAAAUUUAGAAAGAAGAAAUUGUAUAAGUGGAGAUGCAUGUGAUAUUUUGUAUCUGGUACAUGUAUAAUAUAAUUUGUAUUCAAAUCCAGCACAGGAAAAUUGUGAUACAUAAUUAAUAACUUUAAUCUCAGAUCAACCUACAUCCAGUCAUAGUGUUUACUGAUUAUUUAUACCGGUAUGUUUAUCAUGUUAUAUUAUAAACCUUUGAAUGUGAUGAUAUAUUUGAAUUGGAAAGUGAAUAUGUGAUUUCCUAUAUAGGUGUCCACAUAGCUUGCUGAGAUUGGCAAAAAACAGAGAUAUAUAUGUUUAUACCCCAACCGUGUUAUGGAAGAGGAAGAGAGAUGAGGGG